AUAUAUGUGUACAUAGUGUAAAUUAAUAAGGGCAUGCAAGCGUAGAAACAGAAAGAAAAGACGAUGUCGGGAGCACAAGGAGCACAGCCGCCGGAAUCAUUCACGGCGACGACGUACGAGUCGGUGGAAGGUGGUCAGAACAAGACUCGGUUUGAUCCGCGGUCCAAGGAGGACGCCGGUGGGAUUCAAAUCGAGAAAAUUCAGGAUAAAGUGGAGGACGCGGCCGGCUUGGGCGGACCUGUGUUUGGAGCUGGCAAGGACGACGACGACAAUAAGGAUGAUUUGGGCGUUACCGGCACCGCCUAGCUCUAUCCCAUCUACUACUAGUAUCUUGCCUCUAUGUUUUGUUUUCUUUUAUGAUAAUAGCAUAGCAUAUAAGCAUAGUAUUCUAGUAUAUUUUGGAAUUAAUGAGCUGCUACCUCUGUAUGUAAUCUUUAUCUAGAUCGCACUUAAUAAUAAUUUACACAUCUACUAUAUA